AUGGCGCCCGUCGUCGUCCUCAAGAUGGACGUGCACUGCCUCCGUUGCGCCCGCAGGAUCCGCAAGGUCAUCAAGAGCCUGUACGGGGUGGAGGACUUGUGGGUGUCGCUGGAGACGGGGUUCGUGGUCGUCGCCGGGAGCAGCCUCGACGCGUCGCAGCUCAAGUGGCGGAUCCAGUCCAGGACGGGGAAGCCCGUCGCCGUGGUGAGCGACGGCACGGCGGAGGAGGCGCCGCCGGACAACGGCCAGAUGGUGCACCUGGGGCCGCCGCCGCAGGGGUACGGGUACGUCGGCGGCGCAUGGGUGCCCGCGCCGCACGCGUUCCAGUACGAGGCGCCGGCGCGCUUCAACGACGACAACCCCAACGGCUGCUGCGUCAUGCAGUGA